AUGGAUGAAUUAAUACAGACAAAUCAGGAGCUCCAUGAGGAAAUUGACCGAUUGGCUCAAUCAAACAGAGACUAUGAACGCCGAACAUACAAUCUUGAACGGGAUAUAGUUUUACGUGAGGAAAGAAUUCGAUAUCUCGAAGAGGAGUUAGCAAAUACAAUCGAACUUUCAAUACAAGAAAGGGAGGAAUUGGAAAAAGAGAUAUCAGACCUGAAAAAAAUCGUCUAUCGUCUUAAAAAGGAGAUCGAACAAAAAGAUAAAGAGCUUAUUACCAGAGAAAAUCAAUUAGCUGAAUUUGAUGUAAGAGAAAAAAAACUCAAAACCCGAAUUCGAGAAAUAUCAAAAUCUGCAGGUAAUACUCCUAAAGCAUAUACCCAAACGGCAAAGUUAAUAGAUGAGAAUGAACGUCUCAAACGUGAAAUCGAUACUUUAAAAUAUAAUCUUAGAGAUCGAGACAAUAAAUUAGCUCAGAAAAAAACUCGUAUUACAGAUUUACAUUGUCAAAACUUUGCAUUAACAUUAUUAAGAUACCGAGAUAGAGUAGAACUUAUAAAUACUCAAGAAGCUUAUACAUCUGAUCCAGAUAUGGCAACAAUAACUGAGUUAGCCGAUACUAUUGAUGGUUAUUUGGAUAAUCCAGGAAUAAAUAGAUUGAUUUUAUCCAAUCAAAUAAAAAGAGUUACAAGACAGAUACGUCGCAAAUACAACAAUCUUCAAACAGAUCUUAUAAAUGAGCAACAACGAAGAUAUAAUGCUGAAGCAGAACGAGACCUACGUCAAACAGAAUUAAGAAAUACAGAAGCUGAUCUUAAUUUAAUGACUAUUGCAUAUAGUGGUGAAGUAAAAGAACGACGUCGCUGGUACUAUUCCUAUAAAGAUAAACAUAGACAUAAUAAUAAUCCACAAAAUAUGGCAGAAGGUAGACGACGACCAGUAUUAAAAUUGAUAUACCAAUCUUUUCAACCAAUUCCACAAUAUAUAGGACAAAUGCCACCUGAUGAUUAUGUAAAUACAUUAGAACAAGCAUGGUCUAUUGCAGUACCUCAAAUGACGGCUCUUGAAAAUGUAAAUGCAGGAGAUUUCAAUGAUGCUGUUAAAUGCGAUGUAUUAAAAAGUAAAAUAGGAGGUAAAUUUGCUCCAGUACCAGCUGAUGAUCCCUUUAUUCAAGGUAAUCCUGCUAUAAAUACACCCGCUACACUACGAGCUUAUUUAAACGCCAAAUAUCAAAGAGAAACAAUAGGUAGCCAACAAUCUGCAAUUCAAAGAUUGACUCAAGAAAGAUAUCAGCCUUAUGAUACUCCCGAUACUUAUGAAGCUAGAAUUCGACUACUAAUAAUAGGAGUAGCGGAUGAUGAUGCACAAGUUUUAGGUUUUCUUAAAAAUCAUUUACCAGGUGAGCUUUAUACGUGGAUGAAAAUUGCUAAUCCAGCUGGUAUUAAUGUAUUUUUCACUGAAUUAAAAAAUAUGUGGCUAGAACGUACUCCAAAUUUGAAUGAAGGUAAAGUUUAUCAACAAUCUUCCUAUAACCCUAAAAUAAUAGAAGCUCCGGUAAUUUCGCAAUCACCUGAUAUACAAAAAAUGAUUAAUGAGGCAUUAGCAAAGCAGAAAUCUGAAUCUGAUGCUGAGAUAGAAAAAUUAAGAAAGGAAGUUCAAUCCCAAAAUGCGCAGAAAACUCAGGCACCAGUUGAACCAGUUAAACCACAAAAAGAUAACUCUAUGAGAUUAGAGGAGAAAGUAGAUGAAAUUGGGCAUAUGUUAUCUCAUCUUAAUAUAAACAAUCAACCCAAAAAACCGAUAGCAAAAUCAAAUCGAACACAACGAUAUUAUCCUUUUCAACCAAUAAAUUAUAACUCUUCAGCUAAUAAUGAAAAUACAACUAUCCACCCCGAAACAUAUGAUCAGUUAUUGUCUAAGCUUUCACCAGCAAUGCGAAAAAUGUGUCAGUCUCAUACAGUUCAGAAAAAAGAAUCAGAUGAGUGGUUUUCAUCUCUACAAUACCUGAAUGCUAGGAUAAACGAUUUAUCUAUUUCUGAAUCUUUUUUAGAUAAUGGAAGUGAAUUUGGAGCCUUGAAUGAUGCAACAAUUAAUGCCCUCGGAUGGAAAGCCGACAAGCCAUCUGACUUCGAUAUAAAAGGUAACUCUAAACAUGUCACCGAAUCGUUGGGAUGGUUUACGGAUGUGCCAGUCAGUAUAAAGGAUAAGGAUGGUAAAACAGUUACAGCUACUGGAAAUUUUACACGUAUUGAUAAUGGUGAACCUGAACCAAUGUUAUGUUUAGGUAUGACAUGGAUUCGAAAAGUUCAAGGUAUUCUUGACCCAAAUAAAAACCAAUUCCGAAUGAAGUUACAUGGUAAGUCUUACAUUAUCCCAACAUUCAGCAAGAACCCAAUAGUAAAAGAAUCACCAAAAGAUACAGAGUCAUCAAAAACAUUGGAUUCCGAUUCAUCUAGUGAAGAGUUAAAAAAAAUGCGUAAAUUGUGA